UAGUUUAUAAUGAAUAGUACUUACAACUGCAACUGUAUUUAUGUAAAUGCAACUGGGUACAACGCAUAGCCCAGAGCUCGUACUUCUGUUGUAUAGUCGUGUGUCAGUGGAUGGACGUCAUUGUCUCCAAGACUCGCAGGGUUUCCAUAUUCACGCAACAAAUGGGUAACUGGGUGCUCAACUUCAGUAUAUUCUUUGAGACGGGACUGGCGGUGCUAUUCUGUUAUACCCCGGGCUUCAACACUGUGCUAAUUAACUGGGUGCUCAACUUCAGUAUAUUCUUUGAGACGGGACUGGCGGUGCUAUUCUGUUAUACCCCGGGCUUCAACACUGUGCUAAUGUUGGCACCCGUAAUAGGUUGGGUGUGGUUAUGCGGAGUUCCCUUCUUUUUCUAUAUACUGGUCUACGAGGAGCUCCGGAAGUUUAUUAUCCGUCGGUUCCCCAACUCAUUCCUCGCCCACGAACUGCUCAUUUAAUUUAGCUUUCGAUUAAAAUAUGUUUAUUCUGUUUGCUUGAUCAGUUACGUUGUAUUUCAUUGAAUUGUAUUAUUAAUUGAAUUAUUUUAUUUUUGUGUUAUACUUUUUAAGAAGUAAUAAUAUUCAAUACAUUGUACCCCAU